AUGUCGUACACAACCCUUCCAGACCCCUCUCCGCACAUGCUGCGGAUGCAAUUUAGUCCUCAGCGAAAACGCCCGGCCCACGGCCGCACCGAGUCUGAGUUCAUCCCGCGUCCGCUGAGCAUCAUGUCCAUGUCGCCCAGCAAGCGGUCCUCUGUCUACGUCUCGGAGGCCUCCACACUGCUCUCACAUCGCAACUCGGUCGUCUCCCCUGUAGGACGGUCGCCCUACGACUCGCUCUUCUCGCCCGCCAGCGAUCCGUCGACACUGCUGUCCCCCGAGCCCACAGAGUUUGUCGACCACUAUGCCAUUCUCGAGCUCGGGCCCGAGGCCACAGUAGACGAGAUCAAAGCCGCCUUCCGCCGUUUACGAGUGGCAUACUUCCAGAGCGAUGCCACAAAGUACCGCGCCUUGACACAGGCAAUGGAGCUGCUCGCAGAUGGCGAAGCGCGAGCAGAAUACGACGACAUCUGGCGCGCUCACAACGGUGUCUCCGCACCAGUAACGCCCUACUCGAGUCUGCCAGCCGGUCUGGAGUCGCCCAAGCACGGGCGCAAGGACAGCGGACACAGCGCCGGCAGCUUGCAGGAAGACGAGAUCCCAGAAGAGGAGGAGGAGGAACUCAUGGAAUACAACGAAGAACCACGAAAUCAUGACCCCAAUUGGGCGCUCAAGCGCCACCACCGCGUGUUCGCAAACUACAGGCCCUACUACGGCACGGAGCCUUACGAUUCCUUUGUACCCGUUCUCACGGCCUACGAGACGUACUCCCGGCACCCACGCCUGCGCUGUAGACGGCCCAGCUACGUGGGUGACGGACUGGCACAAAACGCAAUGCCCUUUUGA